CUGAUUAUACUAGUGCAGCUUUUUGGGUGCCCUAAAAACUACCACACAUUUGCUGAGUGAUUACCCUUUUUCUUCCUUUUGUGUUUCUUACCCUGAAUUUUACUUGCAGGAUAUGGUACUUUUCUGAAUUCUGGAUCUGCCUUUUUACAGUUGGAGUUUGAGUUGGAGCUUGCUUUCCAGUUUUUGUUGUUUUUUUUUGCAUCAUGGCUGUGCAAAACAAAAACAAGGUGAAAGAUCAUCCAGUUAGGUCAAAAGCACAAAGAAGGAAGCCACAACAGUCUCAUUCAAAUUCAUCUUCAUCGCAAGAAGAAGGGGCAGAAGAGACAGAGCAAAGGGUUAGGAAGAGACACACACAUGGGCCAGGUCCUGUGGGCAGAGCAAAAAGCACACAUCACAAGAGUUCAGAGAACCAACAAGGCUUGCUCUUUAAUUUGGGCCUUACCAGAGCAUCUGAUCUAAAGGCCUGGUCUAUUUUGCUUAUGGCUGUGUUGGCUGGAGCUUUGCAUUGGGGCCACUUAUCUACUCUUUUUGAAAAUGACCGGCAUUUUUCUCACCUUUCAACGCUGGAAAGGGAAAUGGCAUUUCGCACGGAAAUGCCUUUUAAAACCAACUUGCUCCGCUUUCUUUCUGUUUGUGGCAUUGUGAAGUAG